ACCUUGGGUUAAAAUAUCACAGCUCACAUUAUAAAUAGAGUCUUCGUCUCCUCCAUUUCAUCACACAUCCUCUCUUCACUGUAAACCUUUUUAUCUCAAUGGCGUCCCCUGAUGUUGAGUACCGGUGCUUCGUUGGAGGUCUUGCAUGGGCCACCGACGAGAGAUCUCUCGAGACCGCCUUCUCUAAGUUCGGCGAACUUGUUGAUUCCAAGAUCAUUAACGAUCGUGAGACUGGAAGAUCAAGGGGGUUUGGGUUCGUCACUUUCAAGGAUGAGCAAUCCAUGAAGGAUGCCAUCGAAGGGAUGAACGGACAGGAUCUCGAUGGUCGCAGCAUCACUGUGAACGAGGCUCAGUCCCGUGGAAGCGGCGGCGGUGGAGGUGGCCGUGGUGGCGGCGGUGGAUACCGCGGUGGAGGUGGAGGAUACGGAGGUGGUGGUGGUUACGGAGGUGGAAGACGCGAGGGUGGAUACAGUGGUGGCGGUGGAGGUGGCUACUCGAGAGGAGGUGGUGGCGGAGGAUACGGUGGAGGUGGUAGACGUGAGGGUGGGGGUUACGGAGGUGGUGAUGGUGGAGGUUACGGAGGAGGCGGUGGUGGUGGUUGGUAAUUAGAUUAGGUUUGAGACCGUUUCGUUUCUGGGUCGGGUUUAUGUUUCUCUGUGUUAUGAUGAUGUUUGGUUCUGCUGUCUGGUUCUGGUUUGUGCUAUUUUGGAUUGUAACAGUUCGUGAUUAGGUAUCUAAUAUCUGGAAACGCAAUGUUAAAUCAUUUUUCUCUCUUUUUUGGUUGUCGCAAGUCAUGCUUAAUA